AUGGGAUACUCUCAAGAAACUGUAUGGUGGAAGUUAGAAGUUAAAAAAGUGAAGCUGCAAUUUUUGAGGAAACAAUAUGAGAACUUACAGAUGAAGGAUAAUGAAAUAAUUGUUGAGAUCUUCUCUAAUAUGGUUACUUUGACAAAUCAUAUGAAAUCAUGUGGAGAAAAGACCUCUGAAUUGCAGAAGGUGGAGAAGGUGUUAAGAGCUCUUCCAGCCAAGUUUGAUCACAUUAUUGUAGCCAUUGAGGAGUCUAAAGACUUGUUAGAGAUGAAGCUUGAAGAAUUGCAAGCAUCUCUUAAGGCACAUGAGUUGAGGUUGAAACAAAUAAAUUUUAAAAAAAAGGCUUCAAAAGGUCAAGACUACUACUUCAACAAAGACAAUGGUGAUGACAAGCGUGUGAGUCAACUUACUCAUGUUGUUAGUAGUGAUGCUGAAGAUGUCAUCUUGAUGGCUGCAAUAAAUUUUUCUUCAAAUAAAGCAAAUUUUUGGUGCCUUGACACAGACUGUAACAAUCAUAUGACAGGAAUGGGAAAUAUUAGGGUGAUAAAGAAGGAUGGACAUGAAGCUACCAUCAAUGAUGUAUUGUAUGUUCCUUCAAUGGAAAGUAACAUGAUCAGUUUAGGUCAAUUAUUUGACAAGAAUUACACAAUGAAGCUAGAAGGAAGGGAACUCAAUGAGUUUGAUGAAUUAUCUAGGCUAAUUCUUAAGGCACCUCUGUCAACCAACAAGACAUUCAAGGUCAUCAUAAAUAUGCUUGAUCAUUAG